AUGGGGAGAAAACUACCAUGGAAGACUUCACCGGCCCAAUCAAGCCCUGAUAAUAAAGCAUCUAUAAAAUCUGAAAGUCCGCGCCUGACAGUAUCGAAUCCUACCAUCGACAGCCCUUCAGCAUUUAGAAAGAAACCGCGUCAUGACCGCGUUAUCGAUUCAGAAGAUAGCGCGCGCAGUCCAUCAACAUCACCUCCCCCAGAGCCGCCACCAGAAAGGUUCAUGAGACCAGGUCUCGACCACGAUGAUCGCUAUCGCAUGGUUGAAGACGAAUUUCUCAACAUGGCUCAUCAAUUCACCGUUCAUCUUCAUCGCGCAGAAUAUGACCGCUUAAAGAACCUGGCUAAGCACCAGAACGCGGAUACUAUUCGCGAGAUAGAGCGCCCCAUCGUUGGCCCGCCUACUCUCCUUGCACGGCAACGUCAGGAGAGCGGGCGCCGUGUAUCCAAGCAGCGCAAACUUCUCGCUGACUCUUCCAACGAAAAGGACACGUCUUUUGCCGGGUCAAGCUUACAGGGUCUUAUGGAAAGUCCAAGGAAGGAGCACAAGUGGAUAUCAGCAGGUCUGGCCGAUGCAGCCAAAACAAGAGCUUCUGCUGGGUUCGGUUCACAAAAGAUCACUCCGGUAAGGAUGAGACAGAUCACGAAGCCUGGAUCAGGAAAGAAGAGGCAACUUCCUCUGGCGGAUGACGAUGAGACGGAUGGCGGAGAUGAUUUGGACCUUGCUACGCCUUCACGCGAGCCUGUGACGAAAGCAGCGCGCUCAUCUCACACUUCGAGUCCAGCUGCGUCGCGCUCAGCACCACGGCCAGCGUUUAGUACACCCCGAACGAGCACGACUAUAAACAAAACCUCACGAUCAGGUUCCAGCAUCAGACGGCCAACAACGGUACCAGGAGAUAGCACGCGUGGUACAAUUAAGCGUGACGAUAUUCACGAAGACAUAGACGAUGAUGACAUUUUUGGAAUCACGAAACGAAUGUCUGACCGCCGUAAAUCAAAGGGGUUAGGCCGCAGAACGGAGGACAAAACGCCUGCCAAACACUCACUCGACGAGAUUCCCUCAUUCAUAUAG